AUGGGCAUGAACAAGACGCUGCUGGUGUUUAUUGUGGCCAGCGGGUUUUUGCUAUUUAUCUACGCCAACAGUAGCGUCUUCAAUCGACACCUGGUGCAGAAGGAUACGCCAGAACGGUUGGCAGCGGCUGCAGCCCUGGUACAUAGUAAUCAUCUGCACCAGCAUAAGCCCCGUGAGGGACAACACCGAAACGGUACUGGAAACGAAGAUGGCCCCAGUGACCCUUCGACAAGCAAGCUGAAACGAGUAAAGUAUGUUUCGAAGGGCAGAAACGAUACCGAGUACAAUAUCUUCCUCAUCUACACAAAGGAAAGCCAAAAUCUGAUUCUGCACAGUCAGUUGGAACUAUUUCUUCGCAGUCUGCUCAAAUAUAGCACGAUCGAGCUUCACCUGCACAUUAUCACAGACGAGCAGAGCGAACGGUCAGCGGAAGAGCUGAUCAAGCAGCAGAUCGAACGUUUUCAUCGAACCGCAUUCUACACGCUGUACGAUGUUCGAGACUGUGCGGAGAAGAUUAGCGACAUCGUGCAUGGUAUGAUGCCACUGUUCAACUACCGAUCCGGGAGUUACUACAGUGAUGCCUUAUUUCUGCUGUCCCUUGGCUUGCAUCGCAUCGUCGAUCGGAACAUGCGCCAAGCGAUUUUGAUAGACUGUGACGUUGUGUUCCGAGCAUCCGUCAAGGAGCUGUUUGAUCAGUUCGAGUUAUUCGCACCAGACCAGUUGUUUGGAUUGGCCCCGGAGUUGACGCCCGUCUAUCGGCAUGUCCUUUCUCGGUACCGGAUGAACAAUCCACAAACCAUCUUCGGUAGUCCGUACUAUCUGGACAAGCAGGCCUCUCCAACGGACGUUCUGUCACCGUCUACUAAUGAUGCAUUGCGCGGCAAGAAAAUACCUGCAGCAGGUGAGAAGCGCAGGCAUGGAUAUCCGGGGUUGAAUUCAGGUGUCGUUAUGCUGCACCUUGAUCGCAUUCGACGGUCGCGCCUAUACGAGGAAAUCAUCAAGGAGUCCACCGUGAAAAACAUGGCAGAGAAAUAUUCCUUCCAGGGUCAUCUGGGCGAUCAGGACUUUUACACGCUGAUGGGGUUCGAGUUUCCCGGGCUGAUUUACCGUUUGGAUUGCGUGUGGAACCGUCAGCUAUGUACGUGGUGGCGGGAACACGGAUACAGCGACAUCUUCGAUAGCUAUUUCCACUGUGAAGGCGCAGUUAAGAUCUAUCAUGGCAAUUGUAACACUCGGGCGCCCGAAUAG